CACGACAACCGCAACAAAACACCAUUGCUCGGGCAUUUAAAAAGAUUUUCAACUCCAGCUAUUCUAGAUUUGUAUAUAGCUUUAAACUGAUGUAAAAAAAAAAUGUCUGCUAAGCCAGAGGAUUCGUUAGAAAAUGGGGUGCAGGAACCUUUUGGACCCCCGAGUAGAAGUGAGAAUCUUGACGUUGAAGACAGCAAAAAUGACUCCGUGAUCCUCCCGGAGCAGCUGCAGGAGGAAGACCACCGGGCGAGGGGGCGCAACGCGGAACUUCAGGCCCAGCUGGCGUCCUACUUCAACCGGAAGGACCCCCGAGACCGUGACGAAGACCCCGAGCCGGACGCGCAGGAGUACGAGGAGUGCCUGAAGCGGCUGGUCCAUCUGAGGAGGCAGAAAUCCUCCCGGCUGGAGAGCGCUCGACGGCACGAGGAGAAGCUGAGACUGCGCGAGCGAGAGCAGCUCAAACAGGUGGAGGACGAAUGGGAAUCCGUGUCAACUUUGAAAGGGAAGCUGGCAGUCUCGCUGCUAAGCGGACAUUUUUGGGCUCCGGAGGCGGCCCGAGCCAAGGUGGAGGCCACGUUAGAGGACGAGCGGCUCGCUCGACGAGAGCUGAGGACGCUGCGCCUGAAGCACGCCGAGACGGAGGGCAGGGUGGGCCGCCUGGAGGCCCUGCUCAGAGCGGAGGAGGGGGAGCAGGACAAGGCCCGGGAUCUCCUGCUGCUCCAGUUUGAGCAGAUGUUGACCCAGAGGACGCGGCGAACGAAAGUCGACGAGCGGGGUCAGGAGGCCUCCGGGCUGCGGAAGAACAUGAAACGCACCUUGGAGUUGCUGUCAAACAUGAAGGAGAAGCUGCACUGGAUUCAGACGGAGGUGCAGGCCAAGCGGGAUCAGCUGGCCCAGCUGGAGGCCACGCUGAGCGCCGGCAGGGACCUGCUGGCCCGGACCCGGCGGGCCCGCGCCGGCCUGCGGAGGGACAACGCGGAGCUGAGGAGGCGGCGGGGACUCCUGGGGGACGCGCUUCUCUUGCGGGACUUUGGCGUCACCGCGGGCGCCGCCCGACGACUCCAGGAGGAGCUGGAGAAGCUCAAAAGUUGGCGAGAAGAAAGGGCCUCGGCGCCGUCAGGGCAGUUUUGAGUCAUGACUAGUUGGGGUAAUGUUUUUGAGUGAGGAAAAUAAAUUAAAAAAAAUGUAAAAAAAUGAAAAUCUGCUUUACUGCUACACAUGGAAAUGGUCACGAGUAAUUGUUUUUUGGCAAACAAUAAAAUAUUUCUCAGU